AUGGAAAAUACCUUGUCAAAACCAAACACGAGGGAGAAGUUACAUUAUUGUGUUAAUUGUGGGAAAUGUUUCAUUGGAAGACAUUUUCUUACUAAACAUCAACGAACUCACACAGGAGAGAAACCAUAUACAUGUGUGGAAUGUGGAAAGAGCUUCAGUAUGAGUGGAAAUCUGCGUUCCCAUCAAAGGACCCACACUGGGGAGAAGCCACAUAAAUGUGUGGAAUGUGGAAAGAGCUUCAAUCGCAAUACGAGUCUGCGUAUCCAUCAAAGGACCCACACAGGAGAGAAGCCAUAUGAAUGCCUGGAAUGUGGAAAGAGCUUUAAUCAGAGUGGGCAUCUGCGUUCCCAUCAAAGGAUCCACACAGGGGAGAAGCCGCAUAAAUGCAUGGAAUGUGGAAAGAGCUUCAUUCAGAGUGGAGAUCUCCAUAUUCAUGAAAGGACCCACACAGGAGAGAAGCCACAUACAUGCGUGGAAUGUGGCAAGAGCUUCAGUGAGAGUGGACAGCUGCGUAUCCAUCAAAGGACCCAUACAGGAGAGAAACCAUGUAAAUGUGUGGAAUGUGGAAAGAGCUUCAGUCACAGGGGACAUCUGCAUUCCCAUCUAAGGACCCACACAGGAGAGAAGCCAUAUAAAUGCCUGGAAUGUGGAAAGAGCUUCUGUCAGAGUGGACAUCUGCGUUCCCAUCAAAGGAUCCACACAGGGGAGAAGCCACAUAAAUGCAUGGAAUGUGGAAAAAUUUUCAGUGAGAGUGGAACGCUGCGUAUCCAUCAAAGGACCCACACAGGAGAGAAGCCAUAUAAAUGCAUGGAAUGUGGAAAGAGCUUCAGUAUGAGUGGUCAUCUGCGUACUCAUGAAAGAAUCCAUACAGGGGAGAAGCCACAUAAAUGCAUGGAAUGUGGAAAGAGCUUCAGUGAGAGUGGAAAUCUGCGUAAUCAUCAAAGGACCCACACAGGGGAGAAGCCACAUAAAUGCAUGGAAUGUGGAAAGAGCUUUAGUCGGAUUGGAGAUCUCCAUACCCAUCAAAGGACCCACACAGGGGAGAAGCCACAUAAAUGCAUGGAAUGUGGAAAGAACUUCAGUCAGAGUGGAAAUCUGCGCACCCAUCAAAGUAUUCACUCAGGGAAGAAGACACAUAAAUAAGAGAAAUGCAUAGAAGCCAGAAUGGAUGUCCAAAGAACUUUUAACUAGGCUACGACUCAAAAGAGACAUGAAUAAGAAGUGGAAAAGGGGAGAAAUCACCAAAUUAUAGAAUCAUAGAGUUGCAAGAGACCUCAUGGGGCAUGGACUAGAAGCAGGAAAUUGCAUUCAAAUCACCCCCAAGAGAUGGCCAUCCAGCCUGUUUAAAAGUAUCCAAAGAAGGAGCCUCCACCACACGCAGUGGCAGAGAGUUCUCACAAUUAGGAAGUUCUUCCUCAUGAUCAGGUGGAAUCUCCCUUCCUGUAGUUUAAAGCCAUUGUUCCGUGUCCUAGUCUGCAGGGCAGCACAAAACAAGCUUGCUCCCUCCUCCCUAUGACUUCCCCUCACAUAUUAGUACAUGGUUAUCGACCCAAACAACUACUGUCCUGCCAACCUCACGGCGAUCCCAGCCAAAAUUCUGGAAAAAAAUCGUUAAGUUAGUGGUUCACAAACAUUUAGAAAGGAAUACGGUCAUUGUUAAUACUGUAGUCAGCAUGGAUUUCUCAUAAAUAAGUCAUUCCAGGCUAAUCUUUGUUUCUUAGCCAAUGUAACUGUAGGUUGUUUGUGAAUCCAAUGUAGUUGCAUAGAAUCUGUAUGUCUGUAUGUCUAAAUGUUGUUCUUUGUUGUUCUGUAAAAGUUCUGUCAUACCUCUCAGACUGAAACUGCAAUAAAAAGAACCUAUGCUUUAAAGUUAUUGAAAAGUUAUUCAUUACAUUUUUGGUGGCAGCGGUGGGAUAUUCUGUUCAGUCUGAGCAGGAUAUUUUAACUUUUGUUUUAAAAGUCUUCCUGCCGACUACGCCAAUUUGUCAUGAAGACACUAAAUAAAGAACAACACUCUGAAAACAGGGGAAUUCCACACAGGAAACAAUCAGGGCCAGCUAACACCUCCCAACAAAGUCUUCCCAUCAACAAAGUCUGGCAAAUCCUCUGUUUUCUCAGGGCCACAGACAGUAGAAGCACAUAAAAUAUUGCAAACAACACCACUCUGAAAACAAGGGAGGUUCGAUGCAAGGAACCCAUGGAUGUAGCAUAUCUGGAUUUCAGUAAGGCUUUCGACAAGGUCCCUCAUGACCUUCCGGCAAACAAACUAGUCAAAUGUGUGCUAGGCAAACCUACAGUUAUUAUUUAUUCAUUUUUAUCCCAGUUUUCUCCUGUGGGUGGGAUUCCUUAAGUUUGCAGACAACACCAAACUGGGAGGGAUAGCUAACACUCCAGAAGACAGGAGUAGAAUUCAAAACGAUCUUGAUAGAUUAGAGAGAUUGGCCAAAACUAACAAAAUGAAAUUCAACAGGGACAAAUGCAAGAUACAAAUAAAACAAUAUUUAAAAAUGUACAGCAAACACCAUUUAAAGAUAUCCAUAACCCCUGGCCACUGAAGUUAUUUGUCAAAUAUUAUCAAAAUAUUUAUCAGACUGGCAGUGCCUAUUAUCAUUCAUCUGAGAAGGCCUGGCUCCACAGAAAGGUUUUAAUAACCCACAGGAAUAGCAAAUAUAAAUAACAACUGCUCAAAAUAUUGCUGGAGAAGAUGCCAAGAAUCGGGAACAUACAUACAUAUGUGGUGGCUGUGUCAAUAUGUAAAUAAUUUCUGGGGAAAGGUAUUUAGAGAGAUAGAAGACAUAAUGAACAUUAAAGUAGAAAGAAGUCUUAGCAUGGCUUUGUUAUCAUUCUAUAAUAGUAAACAGUUGAAUAAAGAGGACAAAGAUGCAGAAAUAAACUUAUUAAACCUUGCAAGAGUGCUUAUAGCAAAGAAUUGGAAAAGGGAAAUAAAUAUACAGAUAGAAGAAUGGUAUAAGGAAGUAUGGAAACUGGGAAGAAAUGAUAGGUUGAUAUGGAAAUUGAAAGUUAAACGAGGGACCUGGAAACAAAGUGAUUGUGAUGAUGUCUGGAGAAAAUGUAUUGGAAGAGGAUUCAAAAAGAAAGAAGGAAAAUUACCUCCAGAAGAGAGAAUAAAAUGGAAUUUUAGACAGACGAUAAAAGAAGUUUCUUAGGGGAGGGAACACGGUGGUGAGGGAAAGAAAUAUGAAUAAGCGUGAAAAUAACAGUAGAUGCCAAAUGUUAAUGUAUUGUAGAUUGUAUUGAAUCUUAUGCGACUGCUGUAGAACAAAGGAUGUAUGAAAAAGUUUAAAAAUUAAUAAAUAUUUGUAAUUUGUAUAAA